AUGUUUGGAACUCGUGCAUUUAUGUUAUUACCAGUAUCAUCAAAAAUUGUUAGAAUUGAUUUAGUUAAUAAUUUUUUUCAAACUGUUAGAUAUUGUAGUACAGGUAGAUUUUAUACAAAAAAACAUGAAUGGGUUAUGAUUAAGAAUGAAAUUGGUACUGUUGGUAUUAGUGAUUAUGCUCAGGAAUCAUUAGGUGAUAUUGUUUAUGUUGAACUUCCAGAAGUUGGUGGACAGGUAGAAAAAGGUGAUUCUGUUGGGACAAUUGAAUCUGUCAAAGCUGCUUCUGAUGUAUAUACUCCUGUAAGUGGAAAAAUUCAUGAGAUUAACGAAACUACAACUGAUGAACCAAACAUUAUUAACAAAAGUCCUUAUGAAAAAGGAUGGCUAUUUAAAAUAAUUCUAUCAAAUCCUGAUGAAUUAAAGGGUUUAAUGAAUGAAGAGGCAUAUCAAAAAUUUAAACAAGAAGAAGGAGAUCAUUGA